AUGGUUGCCAAUGCAAAUGCAAGCGCUAACUCUACUUCACACCCUGUUCGAGUAAACUUCUUUGGCCAAGCCGGUGUCGAGGGCUUCGUCUCUUCUCACGCAUCAAUUGCGACCUCCGGCAUGAACGGAGGGUCACCAUUCGCCAAUCCUAUUCGUUUAACUUCCUAUGGCACGACUACUGACGCUGUUAAACCCAAUUGCGUCUACUCAAUGACUUGCAAAUUGAUUGGAACUAAUAAUGACGUUGACGACCACCUUCACUUCGAGAACUCUUCUCGCAUUGACCUUGGGGAAGUUGCGAAGUUUUCAGAGGAUUUUGCUGAGGAUCUCAUGGACAAGACUGUUAUGAUUGCGUUGGGUUAUGUGACUGCGCGCGAGACUGUCAAAGAUCCAGCCUACAAAGGCAAAUCCACCGUCGUAAUCACUCUACAAUCCCAAGACUAUGAUCCUUUGACAAAGAUCCCUGUGACUUGGUAUACCAAGCACCACAUUCCUCCAGUUCGCAACAUGGAAAAAGCACAAAACAUUUGCCAAGUUGGUCGAGAAGUGCAGUUGGUAGGUGCAAUCAAAGACUAUGAUGGGGUCAACUUCAUGUGGGAACCCGAAGUGUCGGCCAUCAGUCGAUGCACAGGCGAUGCUCCCAGCCUAGCCGAUAAGAUCAUCAACAAACCUGGAACGCCCAAAGGCGGCCGAGUCCCAUUAACUUUACGACGAAACAAAGCUAGCACCGUCGCCAGUACAUCGGCGGUUAGUCUCGACGGGCCGCCAGGCGAUGCACAAACUUCUAGCCAAGGCGCUGCGACUGACGGAACCGUUCUCCAGGAAGAAAAAGACGAGAAUGCAUCCAUCACCGAGACCGCUGACCAUUCCUCUCCGUUGAAACGUUGCUGUGGCUGA